AUGCGGCUCACUUUGAAUAUUGCCUCGGAAGAGUCCCUCGAACAAGACCUUCUCAACCUAGAGGUUCCAACACAGACAACCGUUGGCUCGCUGAAGGGGAUGGUCCAGGCCGAAGCUCACAUUCCAACGACUUCACAACACAUCUACCACAACGGGCAGCUGCUCUCGGACGACAACAAGACACUAGAGCAGCUACAAGUCGUAGAUGGUGAUAUGCUCGCACUACACGUCAGGGAUAUAAUAGGGAAUACCGGCGUCCCUCAACCAGGCCAAGCACAACAACCAGCCAGACGGCCAGCUGCCAGUCAAAACGAACAAGAUCCAGAGGUGAUCCGACUCCAACUGCUCGGCAACCCUCGCAUGCGACAAGAAGUUCAGCGAGCACAACCAGAAUUGGCAGCGGCUGUCGAAAACCCACAGAGAUUUGCUCAGCUGUUCAGGCAGAUGCAGGAUCAGGAACGCAGAGAAAGGAUGAUGCGCCAGCAGCACCUUGCUGACCUCAACGCGGAUCCGUUUGAUAUCGAUGCGCAGACUCGCAUUGCUGAGAUGAUCAGAGAAGAGCGGGUGCAGGAGAAUCUCCAGAAUGCCAUCGAACACAACCCCGAAGUGUUCGGCAGGGUUCACAUGUUAUAUAUCGACGUCGAGGUCAACGGCCACAAGGUCAAAGCUUUCGUCGACUCUGGGGCUCAAGCAACCAUCAUGUCACCAUCGUGUGCCGAGUCCUGCGGGAUUAUGAGGCUCGUUGAUAAACGCUUUGCGGGCAUUGCAAGAGGUGUGGGCACAGCAAAUAUCUUAGGCAGAGUUCAUUCAGCUCAGAUCAAAAUCGGAAGCCUAUUCCUUCCUUGCAGUUUCACUGUCAUGGAAGGCAAGGAUGUGGAUCUCCUCCUUGGGCUUGACAUGCUCAAAAGGCAUCAGGCAUGCAUAGAUUUGUCGAAAGACAAGCUCGUUAUCCAAGACGUGGAGGUACCUUUCCUUGGCGAAGCAGAUAUACCCAGGAGUUUCGAAGAGGUCAGGGAGCCCACGGUUGAGGGCCCUGGUGGCACUACCAUUGGAGGACGAUCGGGAGCAAUAUCGGGCCCGGCCGGUCCGGCAACGGCAAAUACACCUACAGCACCGGCUGCGCAGGCCGCCGCGACUCCCCAACCGCAGCCUCCGGUUCAACCCCCUCAAGCUGCUCCGGCUUCAGCUCCCUCGGCAGAGAGUAUCGACCAGCUAGUCGCACUCGGCUUUUCUAGGGAGGAGGCCGUCAAUGCACUGAAUGCAUGCGAUGGAAACGUCGAAUUCGCUGCGGGUUUACUCUUUCAGGGAUGA